GCGGCAGAGAGAUCCGGACACAGCGGGACAGGAGGAACGGGGCGGCAGAGCGACGCGGCGGAGGGGAGGGACUAUAAAAGUGUGAAGAAGCUGAAGACGGAGGUUUGACUGAGAGACAGUUUGUGACGCUACAGCCUGAACCAGGACCAGGACCAGGAUCUCCUUCAGACCAGGUGUCGGGAUGCCGUGGCUGCUGUCCUCUCAGGUGGAGUGUCUGUCUUCUUCCCCUUCUCAGCGUCAAUGCGAGCGGACAGCGUUCUCGUUGUACUGUGCAGUGCGGGAGCGUCUGCCAGUCUGGCUGCUGGAAGACAUGCGCUGCAUGGAGGUCUUCAGCUGGGAGGACGGACACCCGCGGGCCUUCCUGCCGUCCGAGGCAUUGCUGUACGCGCUGGUCCACGACCACCAGGACUACGCCCGCUACCUGCUCGACAAGUACUCUGUGAGCGCACUCAGAGCGCCGCGCUGUAGCUUCUGCUGCUGCCGUGGCGGUGGUGCACCGCACCUUGCAGUGGCGGUGAGGUACGACCGCAUGGCGAUCCUCAGCAUGAUGGUGGAGGCGCUGAAGGACUGUGACUCGUCAAGCUGGCGGCAGGACUACCUGGACAGCUACAGCGGCUGCUCGCACGCGGCGGACGCGGGGAAGUCGGCGGUGCAGCUGGCGGUGGAACUGUCGCGCCCCGACUGCCUGCUGCUGCUGCUGGUUCACGGAGCAUACCCUGCCGGCCUUGACGCCGCACUGCAGAGACUCGUCUCCUCCGACAUGGCGGACCGACGCCAUGCGCAGCGCUGCCUCGACUUCCUGCUGCUCUUCCUGCCUAAACCGGCGGCGCCACAUUGCCUGCGGGAUGAGCCGCAGCGCUGGCAAAGCCUGCUGGGAAAUGAAGUAUUUAGCUGGCUGUGUGGCCUGGCCCCACCCCCCCUUCUGCUGCAGGCUCUCAGGUGUCUGGCCCGGUCCGGCCCGGACCAGAUCUCCGCCCUGCCCAACUUCCUGCAGCCGCACAGCUGGCAGUGACAUCAUCAUGUUGAUGAUGUCACUAAGAUGUAAAUAAGACUAAAAACAGGAGGAGGACAGGCUCUAGGACCCUCAGGAGACUUUAAUUAGAUUCAGUUUAAUUGAUUUUAAUGAGUGAAUAAACAUGUUGUAAUAACCUGCUGGUGAUGUUAUUAUAAGGUAAUAACGUGUUUCUACCUCAGUUGAUAAUAAUAAUCUCAUUUAAUAUUAUUUGUGUUUUGUACAGUUCUGCUCACAGACUCUCGCAGAAUAAACAAACUGAAAUCAUUAUUAUUAUUAUUAUUAUUUAUGAAUAAUUUUGGCUGUGAUGAAUGAAUGUUGAACAUCAUAUAAUUUUAAGUUUGACUUAUGUGAGCUGAAAAACACAAACGUUUCCAAUAAGAAUGUAAAAUAAUUUGAAUAAUAAUAUGAAUAAUGUUAAUAAUAAAACUUACAAUAAUAAUUAUUAUAACAAUACAUAUAAAGGCAAUGGCAACAGUUUUAUGUGUCAGUGACAUCAUCCAAUAAUGAUUAAUAAAAUUGUGAGAUGUGUAUGUAUUUGUUAUAUAUGUAUAAAAUAAAUUGUUUAAUU